AUGGGCUCCGGAUCUUUGCUCAAGGUCAUCGCCAACAACUUCGACGUCCUUGCAGGGCCUUUGGUGGCACUGGCUUAUCCUCUGUAUGCUUCCGUUAAGGCAAUAGAGACCAAAUCUCCUGUGGAUGAUCAACAAUGGCUCACAUAUUGGGUGCUGUACUCACUAAUAACAUUGUUUGAACUCACAUUUGCAUCAAUUAUUCAGUGGCUUCCUUUCUGGCCUUCAAUGAAAUUGAUCUUUAUUUGCUGGCUUGUCUUGCCAUACUUCAAUGGCGCAGCCUAUGUGUACCAGAAUUAUGUGAGACCUGCCUUCAUAAAGAACCAGAUGGUCAAUAUUUGGUAUGUCCCUCAGAAGAAAGGCCUUUUUGGGAAAUCUGAUGACUUCCUCACAGCACUUGAUAAGUUUGUUGAAGAAAAUGGGACUGAUGCGCUGAAGAAACUGGCGAAUAAGGCUGGCAAGUCAUUUAAACAGUCUGGGAAAUCAUCUAAAGAUUCGAAAGAGUCAAAAUCAUCCAAGGAGUCGAAAGAAACAAAAUCAUCAAAGGAUUCCAAAGAACUGAAGCCAUCAAAAGAUGCAAAGCAAUCCAAGACAUCAAAAGAUUCGAAGGAGCCAAAGUCACCAAAGGAUUCCAAAGAACAGAAGAAGGCGGCACUGAAAGAUCCGAAGAAAGCACUGAAGGAUUCUAAAGAACUGAAGAAAGCGCUAAAGGACUCGAAAGAACAGGAAUCACUGGAAGACCCAAAGGAACAUACGGCAAAGAAGGCCGGCAAGCGUGUGACGUUCGCCGAGGUGGAGCCCGAGAAGGAGCUCAAGGCCUCGAACAGUGACUGGCACCCGUCCUCCGAUUUCCACGGCGCGUACCCUGAGCAGAACUCAUGGGCUAGCAGCUUCAUGAUCUUCGAGGACGAAAACAGUUACUGGAACCGAGGUCGCCUAGACUGGUAA